GCGGAUGCAGAGAGAGUCUGUCCGCUCCGUUACUCCUGCAAUAAUAACCUCUAGUGAGAAGACGGAUGACUCUGUUUUACUGUACUGUCUCUGUUUAUAACACCGGGACGCGUUUGUUGGAGAUACUUGACGGCUGUUUAAAGAUGCGUUCGCUGACUGCGGGACAUUCUGGAGGUGUUUAGGUUACUGUGUCUGGUUCAGUGUGGGAGAAAAGCCGACAGUUCCAGAGCCGCAGAUCCAGAGCCCCGCAGAGCCUCAGAGCCAGACCCGGCCAUGCUGAGCGGUCACCUCCUGCACCCGGAGUACCUGCAGCCUCUGCCGGCCGCGCCCGUCAGCCCCAUAGAGCUGGAUGCCAAGAAGAGUCCUCUGGCUCUGCUGGCCCAGACCUGCUCUCAGAUCGGGAAGUCUGGUCCUCCUUCCCCGGGCAGAGACUGCAGAUCCAGCCCGCUGAAGAUCUGCCAGAUCGGAGCUGAAGACAGAUCCAGCUUCCAUCCGUACAGUAAAUCCACGGACAGCAGAGACUCCAACGCGGAGAAGAGCGGUGCUCGGGCCGGGAGCGCCACCUGCAGGCCAGACACCCCGCGCUCCAGCACCGGCAGCCCGAGCUCCAGCAGCGGCCGAGCAGAGGCUCCGCGGGCCGGCAGGAGGAACAGCGACGCCCGCCGGAGCUCCAGCCCGCAGAAACCCGACAGCACCGCGGACUCCAGCAAAGUGCAGGAGGUGUGCAGACCCGAGGGCUCAGCGUUGGCCUCAUCAUCAUCAUCAUCAUCAUUAGUGUCUCCUGUUUCUCCGUUCAGACCCGCUCCUCCAGUGUUCCCGGUGUAUCCGUCAGCGUACGCAGCGUUCGCUCAGCCCUCGGGAGUCAGCAGUAAACCCAGCGCAGCGUCAGUGUUCUGCAGAGACCCGUUCUGCUUCAGCUUCUGCAGGGGAGAGCCCUCGUAUCCGCUGCUGUACGCCCGCCCGCCGCUGCGCCCGCUGUACCCACUGUACCCACUGUACUCCGCUGAUCCGCAGGCCUGCGGCGGGGUGUGUGUGGACGGAGCCUGCGGGAAACACUCCUCGUCCUCAGAGGAGCUGCUGCUGCAUCUGCAGACUCACCCCGCGCUGGAGAAAAUGCGGUACGGUGGAGCAGGAGGGGCUCCGCAUGCGUCUGCAGCCCCACCGGCCCUCAGGAACACACAUCCCACGCUCGGGGCCCGAUUCCACCCGUAUAAGAGCCCUUUCUACCCUCCGUACACUCUGUCCAGUGCGCUGGGGUACCAGUGAUGCUUCACUUUUCAUCUCAGGACCGUAUUUAUUACUGUGAGCUUUAAAAGCGGACUAAAGGGUCAGUUCACGCAACAUUUACAGCCUACUCACUGUUUACUCUCACUCAAGUGGUUACUAACUCGCUUUAAAGAGGACCUGUUAUGCCUUUUUACAAGAAUUAUGUCUGUAGAGUGUGUGUGUGUGUGUGUGUGUGUGUUUGAGUUUGAGCUGAGAAUAACACACAGAUAAUGUUCUCCAGCUCUCUGAAACUGACCCUUUCAGGCUUUGAUCCUAACUGUGGUGUUUUGGUGACUGUCGCUUUAAAUGCAAAUGAGAUUGUGCUGUUUUAAGAAGAGGGCGGAGCUACAGCCGGCAUAGUGACAUAUGUAAAACAGCACUGUGUGUGUGUUGUCAGUGCUGGUCAGGUGGUCAUGUGUGCUUCAGUGUGAGUGUGUGCUUCAUGUCGCUCCUGUCUCUGUUCAUCUGAUCUCCACAUCUAUAAUCCUCUUAGUCUAUGCUGACAUUAUCUUCAGCAGCUCAAACACUCUAAUGGCUAAUGGACAGACGGCUGCUUCUCACUCAGGGCUGCUGUUUAUGCUAAUGAGAGAGACUAGUGGGCGGGGCUUUACACCUCUGAUGACACGUACAAAGGGAGAAUGUCAAUCAAAGUGUUUCAUCAUCAAGUCUGAUUAUAAUAAACACAAUUAACUCAUGUUGAGCAUUAGAGGCUGCUGGAGAUACUCACACACUGCUGACACACACACACACACACACACACACACACCUGGGAUCAAACACCUUAUAAAAGUGAUUUCUGCAUAAAGGUGCACUUUAAACACUAAAGAAGAUGAUUUGAAAAAUGUUCAAACCUGUCACCAUUGAUUUCCGUUGUAGGAAAACACUAUGGAGGUCAAUGGUUACUGUUUUCCAGCUUUAUUCAGAAUAUCCUCUUUAGUGUUCAAUAGAAUAAAGAAACUCUGAAAGGUUUGGAAACACUCGAGGAGAGUAAACAAUGAGCACAUCUGUAUUAUUCAGUGAAUUUUCCCUUUAGAUCAGACUCUCGUUGGCUUUAUCUGUAAGGGUGAUUAUUGUGAAACACACACUGUGUGAAGUCUUAUAGCCGAACUCUGCAUGUCUGUUUUUACAUUGACUUGAAUUAUUCUUGGACUUUUGUGUGGAGAAUCUGUUUAUACUGCGCCAUUCUCAGGGAACAAGCAUUUACAGCAAUUAAAGGAGAACUCAUCCUGA